GUUGUACACAGCUGUUAUUAAUACGACACGUUUUGGCCCCCGGAUUCCAAAUUCGAAUUCGAUUCUGUUCGAUUUUCGAACUUUCCUAUAUAAAUCACUGAGCUAUCUGUUCUGUGAAUCAAAAAAAAAACCCAGCUUGCAGAAUGAGGAACCUAGGGCUUUUCAUGGCGGCGGCCAUUAUGGCGGCGGGACUGGCGGAGGCGGCGCAAUUGAAGGCAUUGGUGCCGCGAGGUGCAGGGUUCGAAUCCUCGAAGCGAAAUGAGGGUUCUUCCGACCUGGUUGAGCUGAAAUACCACAUGGGCCCUGUGCUUUCAGGCGACAUUACGGUGCAUAUUAUCUGGUAUGGUGAUUGGAAGCCCAACAGCAAGCAAAUUAUCAAGGAUUUUUUGCUCUCCAUAUCCGAUUCACGCGCUCAAACUCCCUCUGUGAGUGAAUGGUGGAAGACUGUUCAGCUGUAUACGGACCAGACGGGGAAAAAUAUCAGCAAAACUCUAAUUUUGGGCACCGAGAAAGAUGAUCUCUACUCAGAAGGGAAGAUUCUCACGCGUCUCACUGUACAAACCGUGAUAAAAAAUGCCGUGUCUGCUGUUUCGAACCCGCUACCUGUGGACUCCAAAAACGGGGUAUACCUAGUGCUGACGUCAGAUGACGUCAGCAUGCAGGACUUCUGCCGAGCUGUCUGUGGGUUUCACUAUUUUACUUUUCCGUCCAUCGUGGGCUCCACGUUGCCAUACGCGUGGGUGGGGAAUUCCGGCCGGCAGUGUGCUGACGUGUGCGCUUUUCCCUUUGCUGUUCCGUCUUACGUGGCGAAAACGGGGUUUAAGCCCUUUGUGGCACCUAAUGGAGAUAUCGGCGUGGAGGGAAUGAUCAGUGUUAUUGGCCACGAGUUGGCUGAGCUGUCGUCGAAUCCGCUGGUGAAUGCUUGGUAUGCCGGCGAUGAUCCUACGUCACCGACGGAAAUUGCUGACCUGUGCGUCGGCGUUUAUGGGAGUGGUGGCGGCGGCGGUUACACCGGCCAGGUCAUGAAUGACAAGGCUGGUGCGACGUACAAUUUGAACAGUAUUAGACGGAAAUUUUUGGUGCAGUGGAUCUGGAGCCCUGUGCUUAAUGCCUGUUAUGGCCCUAAUGCUGUGGACACGUGACUUAUGUUUAGAUAUUAGUUUGGCCCUUUUUAAAGUACAUUUAACUUACUAGCAAUUGCACCUUGGUGUGCAAUGGGUACGUCGAAAAUAUAUAAUUAGGAAAAAAAUUGGUCUAUUUUUAGCAUACAAUUGUGCACUACAUGAAGUGAAUUUCUUUUCAAUAUAAAAAAAAUACACAAGCUCAAUUGGUAGCCCAUAUAGAAAAUGGUGUUAUUUGUGUAACAAAGGUCUCAAUGUAAAGGUGAGAUAGGGAUACAAAAAUGAUUGAAAUAAAGCUUUUAAAUCAAGAAGAUAAUUAGGCUCCAUCACCAACAAACUCAUUUUAUGUUUACAAUAGGAAG